GCGAUCGUAAGUUUCGUGCGAAUGUGAAUAGAUUCAUUUUAAAAAUCGUGAUACGAUACGAUCCUGAGGAUCGACAUUCCACUGUGGUCGUUGGAAAGACCGAUUAGUUUCUCCCAGUUUCUCCAUCCCUUCUCCCCGGUGGGCUCCUCGGUGCCGAUACUGCCGAUAAAAGCGACCGAUAUCAGUGACUCGCGUGCGGGCAACGUGUGUCGAUCGAUUUUUGAUCAAAUGCCAAAUGUGACGAUCUGAGCUCCCUUUCAUCGCAACGUUCGAACGGCACGUUCCAACGUUGGUUCCUGGGAGGCGAUUCCGCGGAGGAUAAGGUUAGGACCUCAGGUUGACGCCGUUGCGACGUAAUAAACGCUCGUCGGAGAAAGUGGAGUAGAUCCGCAUCGUCGCAUUUCCCGCAAGAUGGGCACGAGGAUUUGCGCCGAGAUCUGAAUUCGCUUUCGUUCGAAUCGUUAUUAGAGCAAAUCGCAUCUAGUCACGCACGAAUCUCAAGGCGUGUGUUUUUGAUGUCAACGUAACAUUCGUGGACGAUGGACGGAGAGGAUUCUGUAGACGUGGACGUGGACGCGGACGUGGACGCGGACGUGGACGCGGACACAGACGCGGACGUCGAUGUCGACAUCGUGGACGUGGACCCGCGGGAGCUGCAGGAGACCCUCCAGACGUACAGGAAGCUCGCCGACGAUGUUGCGAAUCACGACACGAUUCUGAAGGACAAGACAGUCUUGUCGUACGUAGCGUAUGUCUUAGAAGUACCUGAUUUAGAUGUGGUUACCUUAGCUCUGGACAUUCUGGAGAUAUUCGUUAAAAAUGUAGACAAUUAUAUACACAUAACGUCCACUUUCGGCGUACGUGAAUCUCUGGAGGCGAUUAUCAACAAGUACAGCUUGAACGAGCCAAAGAUAGCCGGCCGAGCGCAGCACAUCAAGGAUGACAUAGAGCGUAUGAAACCGCCUAUAUAUAACUUACGCAGCCGUUGCAGGCGGGUUAUAGAGCCCAAAAAGUUGAAGACACAUGUAAUAGUUUUACACGUUCAAGGUUUAUUGCCAGAGACUCGCGCCGUGUUGGAAGGGAUACUGAUAAGAAUUGAAGGCCUCAUCUCGCUUGUUGUCGAUGUGGAGCAUCAGCGUGUAACUAUGCGCACCUUGAAUUAUGUCAAAGCGAAACAGAUUGCGGAAGCGAUUGACAAAAAUACAGAUCUCAUGGAAGCGAGAUUGGUUACGAGAAACAAAUUUAAUCAAGAGUUUCUCGUGAAAUUGAUACAGGAAGGCGACACUGAUAGCGAAGGAUUGCCUGAAUAUUUGCCCGAAGAAGAGGAAGAAGACGAUAGAGAGGGAGUUGUCUCAUUAUUUACCGGUUUAAAACAAAGCGCUUCAUCGCUAUACAAAUCUACCACCGAGUUUCUAAGUAAUUCAUUCUACUGGUAGAAUUUCUAACGGAGAACAACUCUUGUUGUAACUAUAAUUUUAUUUAUUUAAAAUUAAAUAAUUGUUCGUCUGUCUCUUUAGAGGCAGGGCUGAAAACAAUUUGUGUGUAUAGAUAGAAUACAUUACCUCAAUAGAUAUAUAUAUAUAGAUAAUAUAUAUAUA